GCUCUGAGACCGUGAGGCGACGCACGGUCCCUUCCUGCUGAUAUAGAGAGGCUCAAAGAGACAACAGCGACAGGGAGAGAGAAGAGGGGGAUUAAGAAAAUAUAAAUAACGUCAGCAGUAUGGAGAUGUGUGUAGAUUAAAAAUACACCGAAACAGCUGUCCAGAAAGACACGAGUUCUGCUUUGUGACCCAGGGGCGUAUUGCGUCUCCUUCCUGUACUCAUCGAAACCCACGGAAUGACCACUGCACCUCUGCAAGCUGACCAGGAGGAGGCGAUGUGGGGAACAGAAGGAAGCCGAAGGCCAUCUUGUUCAUGUGUGGGAGUCCACGCAUGACCUGCCCGCUUUGGGGGCGGGGGCGGGUGGUGAUCAUGCAGCUCUGAUGCUGGAAUCGGAGAAAAAGGAAAAACUCGUUUUGGAGGGAAACCAACCUGUAUAAAUCGACAGAAUCAUCGCAGUCUGUCCGCUGCUUUCCACCUGACGACGUUUUAAAUUUUUCUUUUGUUCUUAAUGUGUAUAUGUACUACGUGUGUACAUAUCGUACAUGCACAUAAAACCCUCUUCUCUCUAUGGUCUUGUGCUCGACCCCUCCCUUCUCUGGUGGUAGUUUCGGUGACUCUGUGACUUGCAUGGCAGGGGAGUAACCGUGGAGAGGCCUGGGUAUCACAAGCUUAUGGAUUUUGACAAGAGAGGAGGGAAGGGAGAGGCUGACGAGGGGAAAAGGAUGUCAAAGGCGGCCGGAAGCCGCACGGCACACAGUGGCCGCACCACGGGGACCAACUCCGGGGUGCUCAUGGUUGGCCCUAACUUUCGGGUGGGGAAGAAGAUUGGCUGUGGCAACUUCGGGGAGUUGCGGUUGGGGAAGAACCUCUACACCAACGAAUAUGUGGCUAUUAAACUGGAGCCAAUAAAGUCACGAGCGCCACAGCUGCAUCUGGAGUACAGGUUUUACAAGCAGUUGGGAAACUCAGAGGGCAUUCCUCAGGUGUACUAUUUUGGCCCGUGCGGGAAAUACAAUGCCAUGGUUCUGGAGCUUCUGGGGCCCAGCCUGGAGGACCUCUUUGACCUUUGUGACCGCACUUUCUCCCUCAAGACCGUCCUUAUGAUAGCCAUACAGCUGAUAACACGGAUGGAGUACGUGCAUACCAAAAGCCUGAUCUAUCGGGACGUGAAGCCAGAGAACUUCCUGGUGGGGCGGCCAGGGACCAAAAGGCAAAACACGAUCCACAUCAUUGACUUCGGGCUAGCCAAAGAGUAUAUCGACCCCGAGACCAAAAAACACAUCCCCUAUAGGGAGCACAAGAGCUUGACCGGGACAGCGCGAUACAUGAGCAUUAACACUCACCUGGGGAAAGAACAGAGUAGGAGGGAUGACCUGGAAGCUCUAGGUCAUAUGUUCAUGUACUUCCUGCGGGGCAGUCUGCCAUGGCAAGGACUCAAGGCAGACACACUGAAGGAGCGGUAUCAGAAAAUUGGGGACACCAAGAGGGCCACACCCAUUGAGGUCCUCUGUGAAGGCUUCCCAGAGGAGAUGGCCACCUACCUGCGCUAUGUAAGGAGACUGGACUUCUUUGAGAAGCCAGACUAUGACUACUUGAGGAAGCUCUUCACAGACCUCUUUGACAGGAAUGGCUACGUCUUCGACUAUGAGUACGACUGGGUCGGAAAGCCACUUCCAACGCCAAUUGGUCCCAUCCCUAGUGACACGCCCCUGCAGCCCAGGAGCCAAGACAAAGCACAACAGCAGACCAAAAACCAGUCGCCCGAACCCAAAGGAAGUGAGUCCCAGCCCACUCCAGUGACCAAUAGGGAGCUCCUGGGGUCCCAUCUCACAGCUGAUAGGCUGGGGGGCUCUGUCCAGGUGAUGAGCUCAACCAAUGGUGAGCUGAACACAGACGACCCAACGGCAGGACACUCAAAUGCACCAAUCACAGCUCCUGCUGAAGUUGAGGUGGCAGAUGAUACAAAGUGCUGCUGUUUCUUCAAAAGGAGAAAGAGGAAAGCUCUCCAGCGACACAAGUGAAUACAAGGCUGCAGAGACUUUCUCUGCCCACUCAAGUUUUAAACGAAAUGGAAACGAACACACACAAGUCGUCUGUCUCAGCGUCAUUAUGACUCCCCCUCCUGGUGGUCCGAAAAGGAGCAUCGUUGAGCAGCUUGCUCCGGUCUGGCACCGCAGCAGACUCUGCUCUUCCUGUUUAAAAACAAAAACAGAACAGAAAUGCAAGGAAGAAGCAAAAAAUAAGUAGAAAUGGGGAAUAAAAUACAUAUAAAAGCUGCUGCAACACUUGACAUGUGACUGUUGGGGGGAGACGUACCAGUUGUAUCCUAGAUUCCACGCAGGACAUUACAUUCAUUAGCCAUUGAUCGGGACGGGUGUCAGGUUAGGGAAUACAGAGGCCGAUCAAAUUGAAAAAUAUGUUCUGUUGACAUAGUGUGUGUUUGUGGGAUCAAGGGGAGAGAGUGGUGAAGAAAGUAUACUUAUUAUAACAAAGGAAAUCACUGAGAAGAACAGGAAGAAUUUUUGUGGACACCAGAAUUUGAAGAUCUAUGUAUAUUCUUUUUUCCCCUCCCUUUUUGUAAUUUAAAUUGAAGUUGUUUUCAAAAUCAGCUCUGUCCGAGUUGAAAGCUACAUGUUUUACUUUCAUGUUGUAGUGCUCUGGAAUUUUUAAAAUUUGUUUUUUUUCUUUUUUUCUGUAAAUGUGGACUUUGUAGCACAGUUGCUGGUCUCAGGUACUGUGGAAGAUUGAGAGAAUAAUAGAUAUUCACUUCUCUCCUUUAAAAAAAUUGCACUUUUGGGAAAAACUAUGGAAUUCUGGGCUUGAAAUUAACAAAAAAAAAUAAAGCAAUUAAAGACUGAACUAGGAACUUUUAUUACGUAAAGGUGAUCUGUAAAAGGGCCAAAGUGGUGUUUCUUCAGAGUAGAAAGGAACUUUUUUUCUCGAAUAAGGAAAAAAAAAAUCAACCAGGAAAUCAGUUUGUGCCUUCCCAAGUAAUUUUUUUGAUGCUCAGGUGUCGUCAAAGAAGUUUUAUGCAAUGUGUUUGAAUGGUUUUUGGAGUAAAUUCAGCUUUCUGUGUGCGGCUAUUUCUGUGUGCUUCUGUGUUCCGUUCACGUGUGGGUGUGUACUGGUUUAUGUUGGUUCCAGUUAAUUUCUCUCGGGUGAGGUUAAGCUUUUGCAGUAACAAUCUGCCAUUCCUUCACUCGUGACUCCUGUGCUUCUGACAAUCAUUAAGCUUUCCUAUCACAGGUGUGUGUGUGUAUGUCUGUAUACACCUCUUUUCCUGUGGAGAUGUAGAACUACUCGGUAUUGGGGAGGAAGCAAUUCUAGAUCAGUGCUCUUUGUUACUUACCAGUAGUUGUUUGAAUUGUGUCAGUAAUGGUCCCUUGAGUCUGUUUCCCUAGUGACAAAUGCACUGGACUGAAUGCUGCUACACUAGACUGGAUUGUCCACACUCCUCUGGGGACAUAAGGCAGUGUGGUGCCACUAUGGAUAAAGUUGGUGUCUCAGAGCUCCUGGACUGUGGGCUGGAUGUGGGUUCCAAUCCGGCUCAGUUUGUGUGAAGUUUGCAAGUUUCCUCCCACGGUCCAAAGACACGUUUUAGCUGAAUAUCCCCCAGUGUGUGUGUUUGAGUGAAAGUGUAUGAUUGUCCUGUGAUGGAUUGGCAUCCUGUCCAGAAUGUACCCUGCUUCACACCCUAUGCUCCUGGGAUAGGCUCUGGACUAGCAGGACCCUACAUGGUGCACCCACUUACUGAUGAUGGCUGGAGAUUGGACAUAUUUCCAGGAAAGUUUUGUUAAUUUUCUGAAUCCUGCAGAAAAUCUCAUAUCUCUUGUCUACCAAGACAGUGUACUGGGGGGGGAUUCAGUGGUUAUUUAGGCCAGAUCCCCCCCCCCCCCUUCAAGGAAGUAACCCGGUUGAACAAAAACUUGUAUUGAGGGAAAGUCUUUUGAGCAGUUUCAGUGAUGUUGAGGGGCCCAUUUUUUUGAGGUUUCAAACAGUUUGUUUUUCUUCAGCUUAGUUCUGUUUCAUAAUUGCUCCAGGCUUUCUUUAUGUGUUUACACAUGGUACAUGGUCACUAAAGUCUGAAUAAACCCAGAGAAUUAAACGGAAAAAAAAGAGGACAAUGUCAACGUGCAUUUCGGGUUUUGCCGAGGAACCGAUCUGGAACCCUUUUGAGAGUUUUGUGUUUUUUUUUUUUUUUUUUUUUU